AUGCCGCCCUGGGGCGCGGCCCUCGCCCUGCUCCUGGCGGCGCUCGGCCUCAUCGCGCUGCUGCUGGCCGCCCGGCUGCGGCGCCCGGGGAGACGCGCCGUCGGAGCGAGGGGCGCGCGCGGGGCCCGGAGCCCGGAGCGCCAGGAUCAGGUGGGCGGCCGCGGCUGGGAGGCCGAGCUCGGGGGCGCCGGGGACGCCCUGCCCGGCGGCUGCCGUCUCCUCUGCAAGCCGUCGGCGCUGGCCCAGUGCCUGCUGCGCGCGCUGCGCCGCUCGACGGCGCUCCAGCCCGGCCCGCGCUCCUCCUGGCUCUCGGGCCCGCACUGGCAGACCCUCUGCCACUUCGUGCUGCCGGCGGGCCCGGGCCCAGAACUGGCCCGGGAGUACCUGCAGCUGGCGGACGACGGGCUGGUGGCGCUGGACUGGGUCGUGGGCCCCUACAGCCAGCGGAGCCGCCGUGUCCCCGCCGGGAGCCAGCCCGCGGUGCUGCUGGUGAUCCCCAAUGCGUGGGGGCGUCUCACCCGCAACGUGCUGGGCCUCUGUCUGCUCGCCCUGGAGCGUGGCUACUACCCGGUCAUCUUCCACCGUCGCGGCCACCACGGCUGCCCGCUGGUCCACCCCCGCCUGCAGCCUUUCGGGGACCCGUCGGACCUCAAAGAGGCCGUCACUUACAUCCGCUUCCGACACCCCGCAGCGCCGCUCUUCGCGGUGAGCGAGGGCUCGGGCUCUGCUCUGCUGCUGUCCUACCUGGGCGAGUGCGGCUCCUCCAGCUACGUGACGGGCGCCGCCUGCAUCUCCCCGGUGCUCCGUUGCCGCGAGUGGUUCGAAAGCGGCCUGCCCUGGGCCUACGAGCGGGGCUUCCUGCUCUACCAGAAGAUCGCCCUCAGCAGGUACUCCACUGCCCUGGAUGACACCGUGGACACGAGAAAGAUGUUCCAAAGCCGCUCCCUGAAAGAGCUGGAGGAGACCCUCUUCUGCCACACUAAGAGUUUCCCCAUCAGCUGGGACACCUACUGGGACCGUAAUGACCCCCUCCGGGAUGUGGAUGAGGCAGCUGUGCCCGUGCUGUGUGUCUGCAGUGCUGAUGACCCUGUGUGCGGCCCCCCAGACCACAAUCUACCCACUGAACUCUUUCACAGCAACCCCUACUUCUUCCUCUUGCUCAGUUGCCACGGAGGCCAUUGUGGCUUCCUGCGGCAGGAACCCUUGCCAGCCUGGAGCCACGAAGUCAUCUUGGAGUACUUCCGAGCCUUGACUGAGUUCUUCCGGACAGAAGAGAGGAUGAAGGGGCUCAGCAGGCGUCGAACUUCAUUCCUAGGGGGUCGGCGUCGUUGGGGAGCCCUGCAGAAGCGGGAGGUCUCUCCCUCUUCCAAUCUAGAGGAGAUCUUUAGUUGGAAGCGAUCAUAUACAAGAUGAGUCCAGGUCACAGGUCCCUCGCCUUUGAGUCCUGCAAAGAAGCACCGAACAAGGCAGGUCCUUUCCUGAAAGGUUAGAAAGGUGGAAUGGGGCAAGUAGCUAAGUGGCCACUGAUUCUGCCCCUUCUCUGUCAUUGUUCUGUGGAAAGAGCUGGAACUGUCAGCCAGAGGGUGCACACUUUACCCUGAGUAAAACUCAUGCCCAAUUCUAUUCAACAUAUUCCAUGUUCUAUUGCUCAGUGGCA